CUCGAGGGAAGGUAGAGACGCCAAAGGUGCAACAUUAUCUACAUUUCUCUCGUCCAUUACACACCAUGGUGCUACAUAAUUCCAAAUGGGACCGAAAGGCCACGCGCAAAUACCAGGUAAAGCACGGUAUCAAACCCAACCAUGCCAGACCAGUGUUGGAGGCUUCUGAUACAGAUUCAUCUGAUUCGGAGCGGAGAACGGGCGAAACUACGGGCCAAUCACAACCAAAGGAAGACAAAAGUGGGUGUACUGAAUCUCCAAAAGUGGGAGAAACGUCGGAAACUGGUGAAGGUGACAGUGAGGAAAUCAGUGAGGAUGAUGGGACCGGUGGGUAUACAUCGAGAUGGAGAAGGAAGAAGUUAGGCUCUAACGCAUGGAGGUUUAAUGACCUUAUCCCAGCGCUAGAAGACGAGCAAGACCUCAGCGAGAUUGAUCAUAAAACGGUGAAGCAGUUCACCUUGGAAGCUAAAGCGCCUAAGAGUUUCAACAAGAUUAGGACUUCCGAUCUCACUGGCUUUGUUCUAGGGGAAUCCAAUCCACAGAUGAACAAUGAAUCACUUUCUGGAAAACCCUCCAAUCAUAUCAGACAGUUAACAGAGAAAGAGAAGACAGAUUUCCUUGAAAUGCAAGAGAGAUCAGAAAGGCUUCGAAUCCAUCAUAAUAUCCAAGAUAAGUUUGGAGGCCGUAUCCGCGAUAACCAAAAAGGAACUACCAAGACCUUGGACAUUGGAAAUGCUGACCAUUCGGCUUCCAUCGAGACCAAGCUAUUGAUGUCGCGCAACAAUACUUCAACGAACCUGCAAUCCUUAACGAGCGACUUGGAAUUGCUCUUGGGCUCCAAAAUCUCACUCCAGGAUGAGGCGACUCCUACCCAGUCGUUUAUUAUCCCUGUCACCAGCGGGUCUCACAGAAAUUCUGUCCAACCAGUAAUAAGAGAAGCGGUGUUGGAACCUUCAAACACGCAGCGCCGCCGGGAAGCUCCUUCAGACGACUUUUUGGAUGAUAUAUUAGGAUAGCUAAAAAAAGAUCAGCAUUUCCAUAGCGGGGUUUAAAUUUAAUUCCGCGAUCUCUCAGUUCGCAACGCACAGUGAAGCUUGGUUACAACUAGAGUUUAGGUUGAUUAGUUUCUACCCCUAUCGUCGAAGUUGUAAUUGCAUUUCUGGCCCUCUCUGGCUUAAUCUUUAUUCUGACAGCUGUUUUCUACGGUGCAAUAAAUGACCCGUACCACUAUACCUCGAAGCCCCUUAAAAAGGCAGCGGAACGACAAGCACUUGUAUACAUGGGCCGCAUUGUGAGCCGUGCAUAAUUUAACCUCAUAGCUUACAUCUAGAGUCAUCUAUGUAGAGGCAUAAUCGGAAGAGUAAAGAGCAAGGAGGAAGGGUGAAAUCACCAAGAUGAGGUUACUCCUACAUUUCACGUAUAUUCACCCCUCAAACCCGAUCUUUCAAACGCCCAAAGAGCAUUCAAUCUAUCGAAUGGGUAGCCCUACAAGCG